GCCCUGCCCCCACCGAUCCACCACCCCCCCACUCAUCACCCCUCAGCCACCGCCCACCGGCCAUGUCGUCGCCGUCGGUAGCCAGCCUCCGUCUCCCGAUGCUCCCAGCGUCGCCGCCCCUCUCCCGCCGCGCUAUCGCCGGAGUUACCCCGAGCGCGGCCGCACCCCGCGCUCUUCUCCUACAACCCCUCGCGCCCAAGGCGCUCGCGGCGUACCACCAGCCUGCGCUCCUCCUCCACCAGCGACGCCGGCAUGGACCGCCCCCCGUCGCCGCUGUCACUGCCUCCAAGCCGGUUCUCAAGGACCCGAAGAAGUACCAGGAGUGGGACUCCAUGACGGCCAAGUUCGCUGGCGCCGCCAACAUCCCCUUCCUACUGCUCCAGCUCCCGCAGAUCGUCCUCAACACCCGCAACCUCCUCGCCGGCAACAAGACCGCGCUCUUCGCCGUGCCGUGGCUUGGAAUGCUCACUGGGCUGCUGGGCAACCUCUCGCUCCUCUCCUAUUUCGCCAAGAAGAAGGAAACGGAGGCUGUCAUCGUGCAGACUCUUGGCGUCAUCUCCACCUAUGCGGUCCUCGUGCAGCUCGCAAUGGCGGAGUCCAUGCCGGUGCCGCAGUUCGUGGCCACUUCGGUUGUUGUGGCCGCAGGGCUCAUCCUAAACUUCCUCAACUACUUUGGCUGGAUCCCUGGAACCCUCUUGCUGCUGUGGGAGGAUUUCAUUACAGUCGGCGGCCUUGCCGUGCUCCCUCAGGUCAUGUGGUCAACUUUUGUUCCCUUCAUCCCCAAUAGCGUACUGCCUGGCAUAAUCUCUGGUUCUUUAGCUGUUGCAGCUGUUGCGAUGGCAAGGAUGGGCAAGCUUUCCAAUGCAGGGGUUAAAUUUGUUGGGUCAUUGUCUGGUUGGACAGCCACACUUCUCUUCAUGUGGAUGCCAGUGGCACAGAUGUGGACAAAUUACCUUAACCCAAGUAACAUCAAAGGGCUGUCAGCUUUCAGCAUGUUGCUUGCAAUGCUUGGAAACGGACUUAUGAUUCCUCGCGCUGUAUUCAUCCGUGAUUUGAUGUGGUUCACUGGUUCUGCAUGGGCAUCUGUCCUACAGGGUUGGGGUAACCUGGCGUGCAUGUACUGCUUUAAUAGCAUCAGCGGAGAAGUUUUCUUUGCAACAUCAGCUGGUCUGCUUCUAUGGCUAGGAUUUACUCUAUGGAGAGAUGCCAUUGCCUAUGGCAACAGCUCGCCCUUCUCUUCCUUGAAGGAGCUGUUUUUUGGGAAGUGAUGAACCGUCGGCAACCUUGUUUCUCUUGCACUUUAAGCAGCUAACUGUUCCCGGGUAGGACGCUCUCCUGCAAUAAAUCAUGGUAGCUGUUAAGAACGGUGGUUCAGUUGCUCCCAUAUGGUCUGAAGAAACGGUGCUUCAGUCUUUAGCAUUUUGAGGAGGAAACGUGAAACUUACUGGUCAGCUGAAGGCUAUAAACAUUGCCAUGGCCCUGGACUGGAAGCCCCAACUUUCCCAAGCCUGUAGAAAGCGCCGUGUGCCUCUACAGAAGCCACCGCGUGAUGACCAGCUUCAUCCGGCAGGGUGGGUACAGUAGCAAGCUAUAGCCCUAGUCUGAUGUAAGAACAAAUUUAUAUUAUCCAUCCCAUAUUGUCUUUAAUUAGAUUCAUUUUUGAAACCAAUGCAAUUUCAGCUCUUGCUGUCGUGC